AUGUCCACUUGCAAACAUGAAGCUGGAGAUCUGAAUGGCCUACUGAACCGGCUCUGUCAAGCUACGCGGAACUUCCAGAAGGAUGAAAAUUAUCUUGAACGAACAACUGCCUUGGAAGGCUUCUCGCAAACUAGUCCAGAACUUGGAGAAACCGCAGGAUGCGGUACUAUUGAUGGGGCUCCUAUUCUGCUUCUCUGUGUCAGAAUCGCCGUUGAUCUUGACAUAUUCACGACUCUCGCGGAAAGAGAUGGACCUGUCAGCUUGGAGGAAUUGGCUGUCGUUAAGAACGCAUAUCCGUUGUUUGCAGAGCGAGUACUGCGUAUCCUCGCAGCGAUCGGUUACCUUAUCGAGCACGAAGUCGGAGUCUAUACUGCCAAUGCGAUGGCCCGAUAUUUGAGUAUCCCCGAAGCUGUCGCUAUUCUCAAAUUCCAAUUCGACUUGUGCAUGCCUCUAUAUGCCAAAGCGCCUGAAUACUUCCGUGAACGAGGAUUCCAAACGCCUUCCGAAUCCAACAAAGGUCUAUUCCAAUACGUGAACAAAACCGAAGAGUCAAUGUGGAGUUUGAUGAUCAAGAAACCCGAACAUAUCAAUGAUUUACAUGUGCACAUGGCAGGUAGGAGCGCCCAUUGGCCUAAUUGGAUUGAUUGGUUUCCCGUCCAAGAAUGCAUCAUUGAUGAAUUUGAGAAUGAGGUGGGAGGUGUUCUCAUGGUUGACGUGGCUGGUGGACGAGGACAUGAUUUGAAAAAGUUUCAGGCAAACUUCCCCCAUGCACCAGGUCGUCUUGCUGUUGAAGAUUUGCCUCAGGUUCUGGAAGGUAUCAGUCUCAGUCCUGGGAUUGAGUGUCAAUCAAUUGACCUCUUUGAGCCACAGCCUGUCAAAGGUGCACGCGCGUAUUAUAUGAAGUUCGUCAUGCAUGAUUGGGCCGAUCGACGAUGCCAGCAAAUUCUGCAGCAGUUUAAAGGGGCUAUGAGAAAAGGCUACUCGAAGCUUUUGAUUGAGGAAGUCAUCCUUGCUGACAAGGAUGCCGAGCCUCUUCCAUCUUUGGGAGAUUGGAUGAUGCUAGCUGUUCACUGUGGUAUGGAGCGGACUCGAUCUCAUCGGGAGAAAUUGUUGACUCUGGCUGGAUUCCGGGUGGUGAGAUUUAGGGAUCCCCCAUAUCCAGGUCAAAGUGUCAUUGAGGCGGAGGUAGCUUAG